GAAGUGGAAGUUGGUUUCAACUAACUCACCUGCCACGUGGCACUUUCAUUAAAUAAUCUCUCUCUCUCUUGCAAUUCUUUAUUAAUGCAUUAAUCAUAAGAUCAUCAAUGGCGGUAGUUCUACUGCAUUUUUUCUAAAAUCACAUUCUUCUUUUGCAAUUUUCAAUUUGAUUUCAUUAAUCAAAGUUGUUAAAUAGUUAGUUGAGUUAGUUACGUUUUCCGUUAUAGCUAACCAUGGAGUUGCAGCAUCCAACGACAACGUUUCAUAACUCCGCCAUGACCUUCGAUGAAGUUUCCAUGGAACGCAGCAAGAGCUUCGUCAACGCCUUGCAGGAACUCAAGAACCUGAGGCCUCAACUUUAUUCUGCUGCAGAAUACUGUGAAAAAUCUUACCUACAUAGUGAACAAAAACAAAUGGUACUUGACAACCUGAAAGAUUAUGCUGUAAGAGCCCUUGUGAAUGCUGUUGAUCAUCUUGGAACUGUUGCAUACAAGUUAACUGACCUUCUCGAGCAGCACACAUUGGAUGUCUCAACUAUGGAUUUGAAGGUCUCUACGAUAAAUCAGAAACUUCUUACAUGCCAAAUUUACACGGAUAAAGAAGGUCUUCGGCAGCAGCAAUUAUUGGCUUUCAUUCCCAGACAUCAUAAGCACUAUAUUUUGCCAAAUUCUGUCAAUAAAAAGGUACAUUUCAGUCCACACAUACAGAUUGAUGCAAAACAGAAUUCAUUUCAAACCAGAACUCGUAUUCAAUCUUCAGGUCCCCCUCCAGCGAAAACUCUUUCAUGGCAUUUAGCAUCAGAGACUAAGUCUACAUUGAAAGGGACUCCGCAGGCUUCCCCAAACAUCGAGAACCCAAAGUUUGCUGCCAAAGCCUCUGGAUUUUUCCACCUUUUAGAUAAUGAAGAGAACACCUGGACGAAAUCUUCACCAGCACAAAUUCACUUAUCGAAUGGAGUUCCUACUUCUAGCAUACCUGUGCAAACUUUGGGUGGCACACGCAGGGAUGCAUUGGAUGGCUCCAAACCAUUGACAGGGUUCAGGUCACUUGACAAUGGAAAUCGCCGUGCCCAAACCCCUACUCGCAGCAAAAGUGUGCUAUCAGCUUUCUUUGUCAAGCAGAAAACGCCAAAAUUGAAGACUGGUUCUUUCUCAUGAUUCAUAAUACCUCCUAAGGAUGUGUAGAUGUACUGUUUUUUAGAUAUAAAUGAUUGGAGAUGCUCCUUUAUUCAACCUGGAUGCUUAAUUCUUUUUCCUUUAACUAUGCUCAGAGAUCAGAAUUAUUUAGCUUUUGGUUCAAGCCUUUGAAUAAUGAUAUUGAAUUGUAUAGUAAUUGGCAAUGGUAAUGGUUGGGAUCUUGGUCUUCUACUCGCUCAAUGUAAACCCAUGUGUAUUGUGAUCUAUAUACUCCUAUUCUUUUCUUCA